AUGGGUCUGAACGAGAAGUGGACACGGAUCGUGGAGAGACGAGGACGACGCCAGAGUUCAGGCACCGCCAGUUCUAAUACUCUUCCGACGAAUACAUCGAGCCAAUCGAUUUGUUGCGACGACACGGGAGAAGAGAAAACGAAUUCAAAUUCAAAUUCGUCGACGACGAUUCUGAAUAAUUCCAACUCGACUACUAUUACUACUAGAAGAGUGUCAUUCCCUAACGUUUCACCGAAACCUGGUGCCACAGCAGUUAUGAAAAGUGAUGCUGAAUCCGACACGAUCUCCUUGUCACCCAGAAGCUUUGGUAGUGGUCGAACCAACGACUUCUCGUCGUGGUUCAGCCGAAAACUGAAUGGGAUUCUGAACGAUAAGGUGGCAUCCACUGAAAGCAGUAACAGUGUAGUCUCAAUACUCACUCGAACUCUUUCCAAAGCCACUGCUGGGUAUAGAAAAAAGAAAAGGGAGUGUUCACUGACGAUUAGCUCUUUUGAGUCAUUCGCAGGAUGUGAAGUUUCCAAACAAAAGAGUUGGUUUCACUCGGAAUCCCAACUUCUUGACUUGUUCAUUCCGGAGACUAGCUAUCAUGCGGAAUGUCGAGCGAUCGCUGAUAAAUAUGGACUUAUUGUGGAUGAUGACGAAAUGUUGGCGAGAAUCGUAGAGGGAGGAUUGGAUUCUCCGAUUAUGUUCGAGCAGAAGACAGUGGUGGAGACAGUUCGAGAAGCUCCCAUCGCUUUCAUUGAUGCUGAUUUUAAUGAGGGCCUCCCGGAUCACAUCUCACGAAUGGUGUCACCAUCGGAAAACAGCCAUGGAUCAUCGUCGAAUGUCAAUGGAGCAUCCAGCCCAAUGAACAAUUUGUACACCCAAUUGGAUCGCCUCUAUGGGAAGUAUGACUUGUUCGGUGCGGAGGAGUAUCAGUCGUGGCACGAGAAGUAUCGGCAUAACACGCUGUCGACAAAGCAGGUCAAGAAGCAGGACGCCAUUUUUGAACUCUACCUGAUGGAGAAGCGUCACUGCGCCAACAUCGCCUUCCUGCUUCAAGGCUAUCGUCGUCGAAUGCUGGAGGAGAAUAUAAUAAGCAAGCAAGACAUGGAUGUACUCAUUCCAGACGUACUCGAACCCUUGCUCAUCUUCCAUCUCAACGUGCUCGAACGCAUCACCGCUCGGAUUCAGGAGAACUACGAAGUCGGCACUAUAUCUGACAUAAUCAGUGAGGAGUUGGCCAUCGAUGGUGGACAACAUACGAAACUUUGUUGUGAUGCCUACACUGAUUUUGGAGUUGCCAAGGAGCGAUCUGAUGUUCUCUACCAUCAUCUGAUGAAUAAGAACGCCAAGUUUGCGGAGUUUUUCAAGAGAACCUACAGUGAGGAGCCAUUCUACAAGCACUACGAUUUCCGUCCACUGAUCACCAAGAUAAUUGGUCGUGCUACAAAAUACUCGUUGCUUCUGGAGACAAUACUCAAGAACGAGCAACCCUUCAGUGAGCAUCACGAUCUGACAAAGACUGCGUUGGAGACUGCCCGUAGAUUCGCGCAUAAGAUCGACGAGAAUCUCUCAAUGGCACAUAUGUCAAUGAAAUGGGAGGAGAUCAAAAUUCAGAUUGAUCCAUCGUCAUCAACAAAUCUCUACGUAACGGAUCCAUCUGUACCAAACGCAGCGAUUCGUUAUAACUUUGAUCUGGAAUCUCUCAACUCUGCUGCCAAUCGGAGACUGGUUCACCUUGGCGAGGCCCUCAUCAAGGCUCCCAAUCAGCCUGGGUCCAGUGGAGGAACGCAUUCCUCAUCGUCAUCUGGAAAGCAAACCGACAAGAAGGACCAAUGCUACAUAGUACUUUUCGACGAUAUUAUAGUCAUCUUGAUUCGCAAAACCAACCGUCAGUUGAUCUUUAUGCCUGAUCAAGGAGCAAUGCCAGUUCAAUCAUUGCUCAUCCGAACAGCAGCACGUGGUCACUCGAUCAUGCUUAUCUCGGGUGCCAAGCCAGUUCUCUUCGAGAUAUCUUUCAAUACAUCGACAGAUCGGAAGAAAUGGGUUGCUCAUCUGGAGGCUGCACCGAAGAAUGUGCCAUUGGAAGGUAUAAGAAUCACAACUGGGGAUGCGGAUGGUGUACUUCGGGAUCGCGUGGCUGCUCAGCAGGAAUUGGAGGACAAGUGGUUGAAGAAGCUUGAGGAGUUGUUUGAUUCAAGACUACCAGAAGAAGAGGCACUAGCUAGAUACCUUGAAUCUCGCUUGACCUUUUUUGAUGAUGUCCGGGAGCAUGUCUCAAAACUUCCAUUCAAAAGUCGAUCGGAUAUUUCGAAUCGCAUUCGAGAGGCAGUUAAGGCUAGAUUCCGGGAGUUGAGACGCGUCAGAGUGAUCCCGUUGAAUAGAUUGGUUGAACGAAUGAGCGAGUCACGAGAUGCUGAUCUCUGGUCGUACUUUGAUGAGAAAGCUGAUGCUUCCGAUGUUCUCGAGAAGUCCAGCGAUCUUUCAGAAGACUCGGAUUCCGGAGACUCUGCUGUUGCAAGAACGAAGCCACGUAGAAUUCAGACGUUCCACGGAACCUCUCAACCUCAAGGAUCCAAUGGUGUCAGUGAGUCGAAAAACAACGGAAUCCGCCGUCACACUACAGUACCCCGCAUGAACAGCGACGGAGGAUCACAGCCAGCCACAUCGUCUUCAGCCACUGAUCGUGCUCCUAUUGAUGAGGUCGAUCUGGAUGAAGAUGAUGCGUCAACAGCACAGACGUCAUCUGCCAGAGGAGGUCUGGAUACGGAGAAUGAUCGUAAGACGUAUGGAGCCAUGAUCGCGGACCUUCCAAUCCGACAAACGAUGCGAGCACGCAGAGCAUCGACGAAACUGAUAAAGGAGGUCAUAGCGUUGAGAAGGGAGAAUCAUUUGUUGAGGAAUGAUAAUGCUUUAACAAAAUCCCGUUGCGCUCUUCUCGAACGCGUUCGUGGUGGCGGCGCAAUGAUGUCAUCCACGGCUACCGCUGUCGACGAAUCCAUGGAAAUGCUUCGUCGUAAGGAGAAGGAGAUCCGUGAGAUGCAACGAGUGAUGCAAGCCGAACGUGAGGAGCUCAACGAGAAGCAAGCGUCUGUAGAUGCUCAGGAGCAAGAGGUUCAUGUCAAGUGGGCGGCAAUGCAAGUGCGCUCCAGCGAACAAAUUCCAAUGCACACACGAUCGUCUUCGUCGCACUCGCAAGUGUCAUCGCCGACUUAUAAAUCACCCCAACAACAACUUCCACCAACUCAAAACGGUGAAUGGUCUCCAGUUCUGGCAAGUUUGGCAACCAAAACCGAGACGAAAAAGUUGAAGAAGUAG